AUGCCUAGAUUGUCUAGAUUAACUUGUGCUGUGGAGGAUUGCGAGUUUAGUACAUAUGAUAGAACAAUAAAUGAAUUACGCAGAGUUCAGUUUUUUGCAUUACCAUCUGGAUUCUCUAACAGAGAUCGUAGGUCGAAGUGGAUUAAAUGGCUCAGUGAUAUCAAUGGUGAAAAUUGGGAGGUAUGUAAGUAUUCACAUGUGUGCUCUCUACACUUUAUUGGUGGGAAACCUUCAAACAUGCUUUUACAUCCUGCAUAUGCUCCAUCAAUAAAGACUCGAGAUGAUUAUACACCAUUAGAAGAAAAGAUUGCCUAG